AUGACCACACCAGGCCCGGCUGGCUCCCCACAGAACACGACCAGUUCUCUCGGUUCUGCCAUUGGGAAUCAUCAGGAUAUCCACGAUGGAGAGAAAGAUGCUCCUAUCGCAGACAACGAGCAAAACAGCAAGAAGGCCCCGAAGAGUCCCACGGACGUGUCGGACCAUGCCUUGCUACAUGGAUUCGCAUUCUACAUCACCAUGAGCUGCGCCAUCAUGGCAGCAUUUCUCAUUGCCUUUACCGCUACCAUUCUGGGAACUGCAACACCAUCCAUCACGUCAGAAUUCAACACAGUGGAAGACGUGGGCUGGUACGCCGCUGCCUACCUCAUUGCCAACUGCGGCAUGACCCCCUUCACUGGCCGCCUAUACCGCAUGUUUCAUAUCAAACACCUCUUCAUGGGCUUCAUCGGCGUCUUCGAGAUUGGGUGCAUCGUCUCCGGCACCGCAAAGUCCUCCAAGGUGCUCAUCGUUGGACGCGCCAUCUCGGGUAUCGGUGGCGCAGGCAUUGUCACCGGUACAACGACAAUCAUCGCCUCGACCGUACCCCUGAACAGGAGGGCGCUGAUGAUGGGCAUUGGUAUGGGGGUCUUGGCUGUCGGGCAAGUCGUCGGCCCCUUGAUCGGAGGAGCCCUGACCACCAUUAGCUGGAGGUGGUGCUUUUACAUCAACCUUCCAAUCGGUGGCGCCGUGCUCGUGGCCCUCGCCCUCUUUGUAAAACUCCCCGUCGCUCGCCUCACCAAGUCCGACAAGACUGUCCUCCAGCGCAUCCUUUCCAUCGACCUCGUCGGCUUCGCCAUAUUCUCGGCAGCAUGCGUCAUGUUCCUCCUCGGCCUCGAGUGGGGCGGCGACGCACACCCCUGGAAUUCUCCGACAGUCCUCGGCCUUCUCUGCGGCGGCGGCGUGACCUUCCUGUGCCUGGCGGCGUGGUUCUCGUACAAGGGCGACGCCGCGCUGAUCCCGCCCCGCCUGUCCAAGGAUCGCAUCAACCUCGCCAUCGCCAUCACGGGGGUCCUGCAGGGCGGCGGCGUGUUCCUCUCGAGCUACUGGCUGCCUAUCUGGUUCCAGGGCGUCAAGGGCGCGUCGCCCAUCGCCAGUGGCGUCAUGAUCCUGCCGAUGGUGAUCUCACAGUUCGUCGCGUCGGUGGCCUGCGGCGCCAUCGUACAAAAGACGGGGUACUACCUGCCCGAGGUGGUGGGCGGUAACGCGCUGGUGACGGUCGGGGCAGCGCUGCUGUCGACGAUGACGCCUGGCACGAGCGAGGGGCAGUGGAUCGGCUAUCAGAUCCUUAUUGGGGUCGGGCGCGCUUUUGUGAUGCAGCUGCUUGUGACAGCGAUCCAGACGAACCUGCCUCCCGAAGACGCGUCCCUAGGAUCGAGCUACGUCAGCUUUGCGCAGUAUUUCGGCGGCGCCGUCUUCGCCGCAGCAGCCAAGACGGCCUUUACCGAGGCAGUCGUUCCGGCCCUGCAAGAGUACGCUCCCGGUGUCAGUCCCAGUGCUCUGAAGGGCGCCGGUGUGACUGAUGUGCGACACGAUAUCCCGGCGGAUCUGGUUCGCGGGGUGAUCUUGGCGUACAACAAGGCUAUCACCCAUGUCUUUUAUGUCCAACUAGCUACUGCUGCCGCAGCCUUGGUGGCGGGAUGCUUUGUCGGAUGGCGGAAGGUCAACGCGAAAAAGGGGAGGCUUCCUCCUCCGGCCAAAAAGCCCGCCGAUGAUGUCGAGGCUCGGGGUGGAGUAGUAGCAGAUGAUAACACCAAUGAAGUACCAGAAGAUCUGGCAAAGAAAGGGGAGAAGCCAUGA